UGAUGCAGUAGGCGCUCUCAGCUCGAACGGAACGGAAGUCAAUUCGAACACAACGACAAAAAAAAAGUUUCUAAUAAGAAGACGAGCUAUGUUUUCACCCAAAUUCUUUACGGUUUGUCUUAUCAGCUUCGGCUGUUGGCUGUGCAUCGAAGCGAAGUUGGAGGAACGCUUCUCGUGGAAGCAGCUGACCUUCAAUUGGCCCAGCGCAGAGGCCGAGGCGGAGGCCAAACGAAGCGGCCAUUACAUUGAGGAGAACAAUUUGCCACUUGGCCUGGAACGUUGGGAAAACAAAAUCUUUGUCACUGUGCCAAGAUGGAAGGCGGGCGUUGCGGCCACUUUGAAUUACAUUGAUCUGUCGACAAACGAGAAAUCGCCAAAGCUGCGUCCAUAUCCAAGCUGGGAGGCCAACAAGCUGCCCAUUGAAGUUCAACCGCAAGAGCAGAAGACACCAUCAGGUGGUCGCCUGGAUGCGGACAAGGCCCAAAAUGCUGGUGUGCAGUUGGAGAACAAUUCCACAAUCAUAUCCACGUUCCGCAUUCACGUCGACAUCUGUGAUCGCUUGUGGGUGCUGGACACGGGACUGGCUGACAUUUUGGGCAAUCCCAAGCAGAUCACGCCAAAUACCAUUUUGGUGUUUGAUCUUAAGACCGAUAAAUUGCUGCGUCGCUUUGCCAUACCCGCUGACCAGACCAAGGAGGACACAUUCUUCGCCAAUAUUAUUGUUGAUGCGGAUCGGGAACAGUGCGACGAUGCAUUUGCUUAUGUGCCAGAUUUGGGCGCCUAUGGCGUCAUUGUCUAUUCCCUGCGGGAGAACAAAUCGUAUCGGGUUAAGCACAAUUAUUUCCACUUUGAUCCGCUGCAGGGAGACUUUAAUGUUGGUGGCGUCAACUUCCAGUGGACCGAUGGCGUCUUUGGCAUGGCUGUGGGUCCCUUGAAUGCUGAUCAUACCAAGGAUAUAUACUUCCAUGCUCUGGCCAGCACCAAGGAGUUCAAGGUUUCCAAUCGUGUGCUGCAAAACGAGACUCAUGUAAAUGGCGGUGAAUCUUACUAUGACUUUAAAUUCGUCGGAGAUCGCGGCAUGAACGGACAGUCCACGGCGGAAGUCUAUGACAAGGACACGGAUGUGAUCUUUUACACGCAAGUAAACAAGGAUGCCAUUGCCUGCUGGAAUAUCAAACGUCCAUAUACUGCUGACAACCAGGGUCUAAUUGAUUCCGAUUCGCAUACUCUGGUUUUCCCCAAUGAUCUAAAGAUCGACAGGGAAGGAUCACUCUGGGUGCUGUCCGAUAAAAUGCCCACGUAUCUCUACAAGGAACUGGAUCCGUCGGCUGUCAACUAUCGCAUAUUGACGGGCAAGAACCGUGAUUUAAUCAAGGGUACUCCAUGCGAAUAAUUCUUCGUUCGUUCGUUCGUUCUUUGUGCGCGAUUUUAUUUUAUAUAUUUUUUAUUUACAAAUGAAAUUAUGUUUUUCUAAUUAAAACUGCUAAAAUCUA